GCGUCAUCUUAUCAGGAAGAAAGGCUCCAGUUUACAGAAAGCUCUGUGGAAGCGUGGAGCCUGAACACCUACACGCGAGUAAACAGUGUGCCUGUCUCAUCUGCUGCUCUCUCUGCUGGUUUGUCAGUGCACUAUGCCUGAUGAUAUGGCGAGGCCUUUAAUCCGAGAAAGAGCUGGGGGCUCCAGACACCUUGAAGCCUCCAUGAUGACGCCCAGCACCCUGUUGAUUGGCAUCCUGGGCACCGGCGACUUCUCCCGCUCUCUGGCCAGAAGGCUGGUGGCCUCCGGCUAUCAGGUUGUGGUGGGCAGCCGAACCCCCGCGCGCUUCACGGCUCUGUUCCCCGAAGAGGCGGAGGUGACCUCGCAGAUGGAGGCUGCAAACCAAGCAGACUUGCUCUUUGUUGCCGUGUACCCUGAGCACCACUCUACAUUGGUCCACCUGAAGCCAGCACUAGCUGGAAAGACUCUCGUGGAUGUCAGCAACGGUUUGCAAAUCAAGCAAGAAGGGCCUUCCAAUGCCCAACAGCUGGCUGAUCUAUUUCCUGAGAGUUAUGUGGUCAAGGGGUUUAAUACCAUAUCAGCCUGGACGCUACAGGCAGGACCACGGGAUGGGAGCCGACAGGUUUUCCUCUGCAGUGACGAUCAAAAUGCCAAGAGCUCUGUGAUGCAGCUUUGCCGCAGGAUGGGCUUCAUCCCUGUUGACAUGGGCCUCCUCUCCUCUUCACUAGAGAUCGAAAACCUCCCGCUGUAUCUGUUUCCAUCUUGGCGCACCCCCAUCAUCUGCGCUCUGGCCCUCUUUGUCUUCUUCUACCUGUAUAACUCCGUCCGUGAUGUCUUGCAUCCCUAUGUGACGACGAAGAAGAACAAUUUAUACAAGUUGCCCAUUGAGAUUGUGAAUGUCACUUUCCCAUGUGUCGCCUUGGUGAUGUUAUCACUGGUCUACCUGCCCGGUUUGAUUGCCGCCUUCCUCCAGCUGUGGUGGGGCACCAAGUACAACCGCUUUCCUAACUGGCUGGACCAUUGGUUGAUCCAGAGGAAGCAGUUUGGACUGUGCAGCUUCCUGUGUGCAGUUCUACAUGCGAUUUAUAGCCUGUGUCUUCCCAUGAGGAAGUCCGCCCGCUUCCAGCUGAUCAACAAGGCCUAUGAACAGGUGAAUGCUGGCCACCCAGAUUCGUGGGUUGGGGAGGAAGUUUGGAGGAUGGAGCUGUACCUGUCCGUGGGCAUCAUGGCUCUCGGGCUGCUCUCUCUGCUGGCUGUCACCUCGCUGCCCUCAGUGGCCAACACUGUCAACUGGAGGGAGUUCACCUUCGUUCAGUCCACACUCGGCUACUGCGCCUUAUCCAUGGCUACCCUCCACACCCUCAUCUUCGGCUGGAACCGCGCCUUCCUCUCGGCCCAGUACUACUUCUACAUGCCUCCCACCUUCCUCCUGGUCCUCAUUCUCCCCCUCGCGGUGCUGCUGGGCCGCGUGGCCCUCUUCCUGCCCUGCGUGGGCCACCGGCUCGGGCAGAUCCGCCGCGGCUGGGAGAAGAGCCGGCACAUCCGCUUCAUCCUGCCAGACGACGACUGCCGCAACGGGCUGGAGAAUGUCAGUAAUGUGUGAGAAGCACCGUUUUCAGCAGCGUGCAUGAAAAACCCAGACUCAUGAAUAUAAAGCACAUGGAGGAUAAAAGAUUUAUACACUCUUUGAGCACUUUGGAGGAUCAUCUCUGGCCUUUUGAGGGGGUUCAGAGAGGAUCCUCUUCAACAAUUAGCUGGAAGACUCUUUGAGAUUUUUAGAGCGGUGGUGCCACCUUUACUGCUCGAUGCAUUGGUAGUUAGACUACUUAGUUAACAUUUAAAGUGUUUUAUCGAUCUCUUUUCUGUUAAUCCAAAACGGAAGAGCAGUAUUCAUGCAAUCAAAACAGCCUCUGUAACCUUACAGCUGAUAGUCGAGCUUAAAUGAGGUUUACUAUGAGCAUCAGAAGUGCGCUUGGCUUUCCUCACGCUGUCUGCAUUCCUCUCUAGGAGCAUUUGGUGCUGUACAGAUCUGUUUCUAUUUGAAGUCAUUUGAAGGUUUUCUUUUCUAAUUUCUCCUUUUCUUCCCUUGACAGUGAUCAGCACUGUGUUAAAACUAUUUGUUUUGGGAAAGGCAUAUCUCAAAGAAAAACUCCUUCCCAGAGUUGACACUAUGUUUUGAAUCCUCUCCUUUACAAAGAAACACUGCAACAGUAAAAUAUUAAACUAUAAUAUUUAAACACUGAAUAUCAUCAUAAUCACUAUUUUUCACAAUAUUUGACACGAGUGCGUAUGUUUGAAUUAAGCCAUUUCUCAAACGGAUCAGCCGCCUGCCUUGUCGUAACUUAGAGGUGCUAACUGCUCAUUUUCCAGAUCGAUGCACGUAGAUGCAGCAUCCAGGCCAGCGAGAUGCACGUCUGCUGCUGCCAUCUCGCUCAGGGGAAUCUCACCACGGCCUCUGACUUAUUCAGAUGUAAAAUGUCAGAUGUUUCUGCUGCUUUUUUUUUCUCCCACUCUGAUGAAGUAAACACCAACACAGGCAGUAAUAUUUCAGUUAAGAAGCUGUAUUACAAUAUUUUACUGUCAUUCACUGUUUUACUGUUUAUCCAACUGGAGCUGGAUAAAUCUAAAUAAGAAAUUAUUUAUUUAAGCUUACUUUAUGUCAGGUGACAGUCCUGACACUAAACUAAGGUACAGCUAGCUUAUAUUGGGUAAGGUAAGAGGCCAUAGUUUAAAUGUAACCAAGCAUCGUGUGACAUUAAUACUUGUUACACACCAAACUGAUUGAAAAUAGUUUCUAUUGAAAAUAGAACUCAGAUUCAUUUUAAGUGGAUAUAUCUGCAUGUAGAAAGAAAUGCAAUUUCAGGUGUAUUGCUCUUUUAGGAAGCGUGGCACAAAAUGAAGUCUUUCACAUGUUCUAAAUAAUCUAUCAUACGGAGAAGGCGGAGCGGAAAUAUAAAAACGGAUUAAAAAGGAAGUUUUGACUCUUCAACCAACUUUUUCUUCAUUAAAAAAACUCCCAAAACAACACCUUUGUACAUCAGCCCUACGUGCACUCUCAUUUUUCUGCUCUUGCCAGAGAUUUUCAUUUAUAUGCUGGAUGUGUUAAGUCUGUGUCUGUCGUCGUGACAACAUGAUGAUUUCAAGUGUUAAUUUAUAAAACAUGGAAUAAAGUUUUCUAUGACAGAGCGAGCUUUCA